GCAGCCUUGAGCCCCCCACUCAUCAGAAACACUUGCUCCCAGCUGGGUCUGGGUAAUGAGAUCACUUCUGGGACUCUGCCUCUGAUUGGAAAGCCGAUGACACCGACUCGUCGUCCGCGGCCCAUGAGCCCACGCACCGUGCUCCGGAGACGGCAUGUGGUGGGCAGGCCCUACCUGGUGGCCCCCCUGCCGUACCUCAACUUCCUGCGCCACCUCAAGCACAACGUCUUCAGGCGCUACGGGAUGCGCCGACUGCUCCAGGAGGCUCCUCCCUACUGGGAUGCCCUGACCACCGCCCAGAAGCAGAGUUUCACGCCAGCACGAGUCAUGGCUCGGAUGGCGCGCCAGGACAAGCAGGAUCGGGCCAGGCGUCUGCUCCGGCGCAGUCGGCAGGGCCAGACCGGCCGGGGAUCGGUCCAGGUGCGACGACCCAUCUACGACAAGCGUCCAGUGCCGGUCCAGAGGCGCAGAAAGCGGCCCAAGCCCAAGCCCAAGUCCACAAAAAAAGACAAAGACACGAAAGAGGGGAAGUCAGGGCAGGGGAAGUAGGUGUGAGGUGUGGUGUGGAGCUGGAAGACCUCAAUACCCAGAGACACACUUAAGAACCAGUAACCAGUGACUAGUAGUGCCCACUGCCCACUGCCCACUGCCCAGUUCUCUUUCUUGUUCCCCCUCUGGACUAGACUGGUCAGUAAUUAGCUGGUAAUGUGAGCCGCCCCAGGUCGUGUCACAGAACCCUGCUUAGUCUUCCAGCUCGAGGGGGCGGGUCACUGGGGGUCAUAACCGAUUUUGAACAGCGCCACCUGAACUCUACUGUCUUGCAUAACUGGUGCGUGGGCCGGCCGGCCACUCUCUGAAUGAAUCUGCCAACAAGCACUCUGUCACCGUCAAGACUUUCACUUUUUUUUUAUUUUUGCAUUCCGUCCAGGGGGGGCACUCACUCCCUCGCUCUUCCCCCCGAAGAGUAGCUACUUCCGGUUGUGUUCCUCCCUGCCCUGGACUGGUUUUUAACCUUUUUUUUGGUCUAUUUUUUACAAAAAGUGCUCAAAAUUGUUUGUUUUGGCUUUUUAGGCAUUAAUGACGUCAUCUUUCGCACUUAAAACGAGACUUUUUUGGGCAGUGGAGUUGGCAUUUCAGAGAA